AUGAAUCCUCAGCAAUAUAUUAAUCAACAAAUUUCAAAUGGUUAUUCUCAACCGUUUUUAGUUCCACAACAAUUUCCACAACCGUCCUAUAUACUUACACAUAAUCAACGAUCAAUGGUUAGUCCCAAUAAAGA